CAAACCACGUGAUAAUCACGAGGUCGUAAUCAAAAUGGCGACGAAUAAUACCGUGUUUUUACUAUUUUGUUGGAUUUCAUUUGCUGUGGCGUGGUCUCCUCGGUUGUUGUCACCGCGUCGCGAUAACACGAACACUUCAUUACCCAACGAAUAUUCUUAUGAAACAUUCUAUUUGGAUCAACAAGUGGAUCACUUUGGCUUCAACAACGGGGACACAUUCAAGCAGCGCUAUCUCAUAGCUUCUCAGUUCUGGAACCAUCAUGGCGGACCAAUUUUCUUCUACACUGGCAACGAAGGGGACAUCACCUGGUUCUGUAACAACACUGGUUUUAUGUGGGAUAUCGCACCUGAAUUCCGAGCUCUACUGGUGUUUGCUGAGCACCGAUACUAUGGCUCGUCGAUACCCUACGGCUCACAAGCUUUCAAGGAUCCCAGCAAGUUGAACUACCUGACCUCUGAGCAAGCUCUGGCCGACUUUGCUGUGCUGAUCCGAUACCUCAAGUCAUCUAUUCCUGGGACAAGUGACAGCCCAGUCGUUGCUUUCGGGGGCUCGUAUGGGGGAAUGUUGUCUGCAUGGAUGAGGAUGAAGUACCCCAGCGCAGUUAUAGGUGCGCUUGCGGCCUCGGCUCCUAUAUGGGAUUUCACUGGUCUGACUAAAUGCACCGCCCUGAUGGACACAAUCACAAAGUCCUUCAUGAAGGCCUCCCCACCAUGUGUUGACAACAUCCGCCAGUCAUGGACCACCAUCGAUAAAAUAGCUGCCACAGCGGAAGGCAGGAACUUCAUCUACAACACAUUUCACCUGUGUUCCCCUCUGAAGACGGCAGAUGAUGUUGGCAACUUCAAGGCCUGGCUGGCUAAUGCUUGGUUUGACCUGGCCAUGGUCAACUACCCCUACCCUGCCAACUUCCUGGAACCACUGCCUGCCUGGCCAGUAAAGGCUGUGUGUGCACCACUAGGAAGUCCCCUACAGGACAAGCUCCUGAUGCAGGGGCUGUACGAGGCUGUGAACAUCUACUUCAACUACACUGGCCAGGCCAAGUGCCUCAACACAUCCCAGGAUGCCACCGCCAGUCUCGGUGAUGCUGGAUGGGGCUAUCAGGCGUGCACGGAGAUGGUGAUGCCAAGCUGUGCUGACAGUUCCUCCAUGUUUGAGCCGACCACGUGGAACUUCACCAGCUUCAGCAACAGCUGCUUCUCCUCGUACAAGAUACGACCACGCCAGGACUGGGUAUCCACACAAUAUGGCGGCAAGGACAUCGAAGCCCCCACCAACAUCAUCUUUAGCAAUGGUCUGCUGGACCCGUGGUCUGCCGGCGGCGUUCUCAACUCACUGUCCGACACCCUGAUAGCCAUCCAGAUCCCCGACGGAGCACACCACCUUGAUCUGCGCGCUGCCAACAAGGACGACACAGCCUACGUGAAGGCAGCCCGCACACAGGAGAAGAACAUCAUCCGCCUCUGGCUGAGCAGUCAAUAGACUGUGUUGGCAGUCGGAGAGUUAAUGUGUAUCACCAUCAUCAAAGUCAGGAGAGGUUUUUACCCACAUAGCUGGACUAUUUUUUAACUAAUUCACUCACUCAGUAGAACACUGUGGUGUUGCUGUUAACCCUUGCACUGUCACCACCCCACUGUAUCCUCGACGGGUUAACUUACGAUAUAGUCUCACUACACACAUUCCCUGAUCUGUGAUAUGGCCAGUCACCUCAAAUACACAGACACUUGGUGCUAGCUGGUACAUUGUGUCGUAAUACAUAGACACAUGGUCCGCGCUGGUACGUUGUGUCAGAUCACACAGACACAUACUCCGAGCUGUGUCGGAACACACAGACACAUGGUCCGAGCUGGUAGUUGUGUCAGAACACACACAUGGUGCAAGCUGGUACAUUGUGUCGUAAUACACAGACACAUGGUCCGAGCUGGUAUGUUGUGUUAGUUCACACAGACACAUGGUCCGAGCUGGUACGUUGUGUCAGAACACACAGACACAUGGUCCGAGCUGGUACGUUGUGUCGGAAUCAUGCUUGUGUAGUUCUGGGUGUGUUGAUAUUGUCAAGCCAGUGUGUGUGUGUGUGUGUACUGAUCCAGUCAACAAUUCUUCUCCAACACCUGUACACCCUGGGGAGUCAAAUGAUGGUAACAAGAAGAAGAGACCGAGCAUCCAUUGUCCAUCUGUUCUGCCGACCUACUGCUGGCGGUCCCACUUGUUCAUUGUGUGUCUUCAUCCCCCAGAUGACAUUGCACUUUGUUCAUAAUAUCAAUCACUGGUUUUCUAUUCCAGCCUCCAUGAUUUUCCUGCUGCCAUCAUGGCUGGAAUAUUGCUAAGGGCAGCAAACAGCAAACAAUACACAGUUCCAGCAUGUCAUUUUGAACAUGUUCUUGUCAAGAUUUGAAAUGUAAGAUUUUGGUGGCGGUAGUUUUGCCAUGGCUAUGUCAUGUCUGUGUGUGACAGGAAUAUUGUGCUGGUCUUGGAACUGUGUCCUGCAACUCCCCACUGUCCAGGAAGAAAGAUUCCUUGUCAACAAAACAUUAAUUCAUGUUUUAAUAGUUUAUUAUGAAUUCAGGCAAAGAUCGCAAUCAUAAACACUUGUAUAUGACAAUAUGUACAAAUUUUACCAUCUGAUGGCUGCCUUGGUGCUGUGCAAUCUCAUUAAAAUCAGAUCUUAGUUCUCGCUACCGCUAAACAAAGAUCUGAGAACAUCCCAUUACGGGUCAUGUCAGACCGACCUUGCAUGACUUUGACCGACCAAUGGAAUGACCAAUCA